CGUGUCCCGUUUUGUAAACCAGCUGAUCUGCCGUUCGUCAGUCGAGCGCCGUGAGUUGACAACACGCACGACACGAGUUAAAGCGGACGUAUCACUAUAGGAAGGACUUUGGUUUCACCUUGCUAUGAAUCCGGCUGGAUAGGAGGAGAAGAAUCCCGGGAGCGAUGCCGAAGUACUGCUCGGUUCCGAAGUGCAGGAGCGACUCCGGGAACAGCGGCGAGAGGAAGAGCUUUUACAAGUUCCCGCUCCAGGACCCGGCCCGGCUGCAGCAGUGGGUGAGGAACAUGGGCCGGGAGAACUGGACUCCUUCCCGACACCAGUACAUCUGCCACGAACAUUUCGCCCCGUCGUGCUUCAAGGUGCGCUGGGGGAUCCGCUACCUGGACGCCGACGCCGUGCCGACGGUCUUCCCGGAUACCGAGAAACGGAAAGCGUCAGACGACGGCGAGAGGAAGCCGAAGCGCCUGAGAGCCCAGAGCUUCACCGUGUCGGGCGACGGGACAACGAGCGACGGAACGGCGGCCGACCAGACGGUCCGUCUGCUUGAGCUCGUCGUUGCCGCGUCGCCGCACGGAGAAACCGAUCCGAUGGAGUCGAGCGUGGGUUCUCUAGGAGUGGACCCGGCCGAUGGAGUUGGAUCGGGUUUGAACUUCCCAUUGACUCUCUACCAGACGACUGACGGCCCGAUGAGCGGUGCAGGCGCCGCGGAGCUGCUGAUGAUGUCAGAAGGCGCCGCAGAGGACGGCCAGGUGGAGCUGGUGAACGGAAUCACGGCUGCCAUCUUAAGCCAGGGCGGCGUGCUGGUCCUCAACGAGGCGGCGCCUGAUCCGGACCUCACGUCCUCCGCAGGCGAAGACGUCCCGCAGGAAGUGGUGGCUUACUUUGAGACGGUCCCGAACGUUCUCCCCGGCGGGACGUCGGCCGGGAUCGCCUCCCUCCCCGACACGGUGCUGUCGCCGGCUCUGAGCUCCAAGCCCAUCUCAUCCACUCUGCCCAUCGUGUCCAAACACGUCCCAACGCCGCCGCCGCCGCCAUCACUCGUCCUCACGCUGGAGCGGCUGGACGAAGCGGAGGACGGGGACGCCAUGACAGACACAGAGGAGACGGAGAGGGACGACCAGCAGCUGGAGGAGCACUGCUACCACAAGAACAGCCUGAGUAAGGAGCAGCUGGAGGCCAUCGUGGCCGAGCUGCAGAAGAAGGUGAAGGUGCUGCAGCAGCGGCACCGCCGGCACCUGGAGAAGCUGCUGGGGCUGGAGAACACCGUGAGCCAGCUGAGGCAGAGCAACAUGCUCAACGAGGAGCGGCUGCAGCUGCUGGAGAGGGCGUAUUUGCAGACGAGUGCAGCUGUGUCGGAUGCCGGUGAGACUGUGGCCAUCAUCUACGGAGACGACGACGCUGCGUACUUUUACACUCCACUGAGCGACGAUGCAGGGAUGGCGUUGAAUGUGGAUGGGGAAAUAAAAUGACUGGAUAUUCUGUUUGUGUCUGUGCCAAAAAAUUAACUAAAGGGGUUCAUUUUGUUGUUUUCCAUAAUCAGAACUUUAUACAUGAUCAAAAUAAAGUGAUUUUCUUCCUUC